UAAGGAUCCAAAUUACUGCGUGGAGAAAUUGUUGCUCUUCAAGCAAAGCUAAACAACAACUGUUGCCCCCAGGUUUUCCUGUUUUGAAGCGCUGAUCGUUGCAGCAUGGCUUCUUCUAAGCCUAUAGGCAAGUUCUGGGAAUGGGGCAAGAACAUCUUCUGUGUGGGGAGGAAUUACGCAGCCCACGCCAAGGAGAUGAAGAAUGCCCUCCCCACCGAGCCGCUCUUCUUCCUGAAGCCCUCCUCGGCCUACGUCAGGGAAGGCAGCCCCAUCAUCCAGCCCUACUAUUGUGAGACGCUGCACCACGAAGUGGAACUAGGCGUGGUGAUUGGGAAGAGAGCCCAGGCCGUGCCUCAGGAAGCAGCCAUGGGCCACGUGGCCGGCUAUGCGCUUUGCCUGGACAUGACAGCCAGGGACGUCCAGGAGGAGUGCAAGAAGAAGGGGCUCCCCUGGACUCUGGCCAAAGGAUUCAGCACUUCCUGUCCAGUGAGUGACUUUGUGCCCAAGGAGAAAGUCCCAGAUCCACAUCAGUUGAAGAUCUGGCUAAAGGUAAACGGAGAGUUGCGGCAAGAAGGGAACACAUCUGGCAUGAUUUUCACCAUUCCGUACAUCAUCAGCUACAUCAGUGGCAUCGUCGCCUUGGAAGAAGGGGACAUCGUCUUAACGGGCUCCCCUGAAGGAGUUUCUGCUCUGCGAGAGAAGGAUGAAAUAGAAGCCGGGAUUGAGGGGCUGCUGAGAAUGCACUUUCAGGUAGCGCGGCAGAAAAGCCGCCCCUGAUUUGUGGAAGUAGGUGA